AAACCACUGGUACGCCUGAAGAACAGAAAAGCCAGAAAACCUGCCAUUUGUAAGAUGUCCAGCUCUGUCUCAGCACCCAGUGGGGUUGUGGUCGUCACCCAGGUUUGCCACGAACAAAGUGAUACUGCUCUGGGAAAGUUUCUGAAAGGAGAGCCUCUGGGGAUAGUGCAAAUAAUGAUUGGAGUGAUCAACAUAUUAUUUGGCAUCCCCAUCACUAUAUAUGCUGACAGCACUGGUGUUCACGGAGGGAUUGUUUUCUGGGGAGGGCUUAUUUACAUUUCCUCAGGAGCUCUCACUGUGGCUGCUAACAAGAAAUUCAACAAAUGCCUGUUGAGAACAUCGCUUAGGAUGAACUUCUGCAGCAUGGUCGUUGCUGGCGGUACCAUCGGCAUUUUCUCUAUAAACCUUUCGGUUCGCAAUCUGGAUUUCUUCUGCCAGAGCUAUGACUGCGAGCAGAUGGGGUAUACGUAUCAGGGAUUAUUUCAUGGGAUUGUAGGAGUGCUGCUGGUUUUCUCCAUCCUGCAGUUCAUCAUCUCCUUCUGUGUGUUAGCAUUCACCUGCAGAGCCAUAUGUGGCUACUCAACAGAGCAAGUGGUGAUAAUAGAAUCCCCAGAAGCUCCAAUCAACACUGUCUCGAAAUGAUGUCUACCCAGCUUGACUAUAAAUUCAACUGACCUAAGAACAUUACAUGAUAUUACUUUACUCUCUUAAUACAAUAGUGUAGAUAACUGGGCUUGUGUCAUUCUCAGAGUCUGUAAGUUUUCUGUAUGUAUUUUUGUCUUAGGCUGUUGGAAGUUCCAAAAUUCUUUUUUUUCAUUUUGCUAAUAUACACAUUAAAGUAUAACCGGGAAUUUCAGCAAAAAGUAAAACUUUCUUUGAGAAAUAUUUUACAUCUAUACACAAAUAAGAAAAUGAUAUUUCACACCAUCAGGUGUAGCUGGUAUUACCAAAAUAAAGAUUUUACUUGUAUGUAUUUUCUCUGUGUGUCUCAGACAAUACAUGUAUCGAGUUUGGGUCAAAGUCUUUUGAACAGCUAUGCUCAGCUGGACAUCAACAGCGAAACAGAGCCUUCGAAGCUGCAGUAGAUAUGGCACCAAGGAAGAAAACUCAAACAUUGCAGAACAUCAGCAUAAUAUUUCAUAUCAGAAUUAGUGUUUCUUUAUAUCACUUAAUGAAUAUUAGUGACUAUUAUAAAUACAGCCAUAAUGGCCAACUCGAUUCAACAUUUGAUUGUGUAUUUAAAUUCAAAUAAAACAGAAGAAGACUCCAGGUACAUCUCUUAUGCGCACAUUGAUUUGUUUUGCUUACACAUUUCAAAGGAAUCACUUCGUAAGUAUGUUCUGUUAAUCUUGAAUACUCACUUGUGUAGCACGUUACUACUCUGGGACAUUUGUCCUGAGAAACAGGUGUAAAAUACAAGCUUGAAUAAUUGUUGCAUUUUCAUCUUUAAAAGGACCUCCCCAGGUUGUGUCAGAAUUUCCGUUUUAGAAUCUUACUGAUGUUACAUUUCCAGCAACAUUUUAUACAAAUGAUCACUGGGGAUCCAUUUGCUUGUCAUGAUGAUUCGCCAUCAUCUUCAUGUUGUGUGAUAUUCAGCGUAUGUGAAUAAACAUGUGAACAUUUAAAACUG